CGACAAACCGGCGAUCUCCCAACCCACUUUACCUCUUGCGUCUCCUCUCGUCCGCUUCGUCUCUUCUUCCCUCCGCCGCGGCGCCGCCCGCCACGCCGCCCGCGUAGCGCAUCCACCACCGUUCCCGCGAUGGCCGCCGGCAUACUCAACACCCAGCCCCGCCUCUGCUAACCACGGAUGAUACACGUGGCUCCUGUUAAUAACUUCCUGCCACUCGCCUCGUCGUCGGGCCGGAGGGAGAGGAGAUGGACGCCGGCCUGGGUCUCCGGCCGAGGCCCGGUGCUGCAUGGACCGGACGACGGAAGCCGCAGGGAUUCCCCCCGGCGACAGUGCCAGCGGCGAGGCUUGAUCAGAAUCCGGCGCGGCGGCCGCUGGUCCUGCGGUCCGACGCGGGGAGCAGGAGCACCGAUCCCAUCCGUGGCGCCAGCCUCAAGGGCCUGUGCUGCCACAAAUCGGCAGGUACUGAGAAAGUCCACUAUUCUGCUGAUGAGGCUCUCGUACUAAAGCAAAAAGCAGAGGACGUGCUCCCUUACCUGAAUGACCGCUGUGUUUAUCUAGUUGGAAUGAUGGGUUCUGGCAAAACUACAGUUGGCAAGAUAAUAGCUGAAGUACUGGGCUAUUCAUUCUUUGACAGUGAUAAGCUGGUUGAGCAGUCUGUUGGUAUACCGUCAGUUGCUGAGAUUUUUCAGGUCCAUAGUGAAGCAUUCUUCAGAGAUAACGAGAGUGAGGUACUAAGGGAUUUGUCGUCAAUGCACCGAUUAAUUGUUGCAACAGGAGGUGGUGCGGUGAUACGACCAAUCAAUUGGAGUUAUAUGAGGAAAGGACUCACUAUCUGGUUAGAUGUUCCAUUGGAUGCCCUCGCAAGAAGGAUUGCUGCGGUGGGUACUGCGUCACGACCCCUCCUGCAUCAGGAAUCUGGUGAUCCUUAUGCAAAGGCCUAUGCCAAACUUACAGCACUUUUUGAACAAAGAAUGGAUUCAUAUGCUAAUGCUGAUGCCCGAGUAUCCCUUGAAAAUAUUGCACUCAAACAAGGACAUAAUGAUGUGAAUGUACUUACACCAAGUGCCAUCGCUAUUGAGGCAUUGCUAAAGAUGGAGAGCUUUCUUACUGAGAAGGCCAUGGUCAGAAACUGACCAGAUCUCGGUGGUUAAAAAGAAAGAUGACAACCAAUGGUUCUUGGUUGCCGUGAUGUACAUACCUUUGCAUAAGACAUUCUUCUUGAUAUAGCCAGAGCUAUGACAGAGGAUAACUUGGGUCUUUACUUGAGUGAACUAUAUGUGAAUAGCUCUAAAUUAAGACAAUGUUUGUCUUGUCUUUAUCUUGCUGCAAAUUGAUACAUGGAUUUGGGAGUAAAUAGCUAUAUCAUCAUCGUUAAGUGAUAUCCCUUGUACAUUUUGAAACAACCAGAAUUUACAUCAAUAUAUUACUUUGAGGCAAA